CCUCGUAUUUUGGACGUUUUUUAAUUAUUGGUGAAAUUUUGGAAAUGAUUAAGUGUACGAAAGAUAUGGAGAACAUUGCAUUAAGUCCAACAAUGUCAAUGAAACUGAAAAAUCGAGAAAGUGUGAAUAAAAUCAAACAUGGCUCACCAAAACUGCAAGAAGUUCUCCGUGAGAGGUGUCGACAAAGGAUGCGAGAAAAACGGGGACAGUUGUUCAACAGAACCAGAUUCGGUAUAGAAAUCAAUUCGAAAGACGUGCAGGAUACCUUAACUGAAAUUGUACGCAAGGAAUUAAAUAUUAUUGCAACUACGGAUUUAGAUCCAACUGUGAAUCCCUUUUCCCAUAUUGUCAGUGGACCUCUGGAUCCAGAAGAGGCACUUGAACUUGAAACUGAAAUUAUAAAUGAAGAAGAACAAUGGAUUUUGCAAGAAUAUGAAACAAUGUCCCAAGAAGAACUUGAGUUAUUAGCAUUAGCAGCAGAUCAAGAAGUUAAUGAAGUAAUUUGUCCCACAUGUCAGGUAUCUAAUCUGACAGAAGAAGUAGGAGAGAUAACUUGUACGUCGUGUACUUUUAAAUUAAACAAUAUAACUUUAAAAGAUUUAGACCACUUAAUAAGUAAGUCUGUGAAUACUCACUCUGCAAUGUGCACAAAUCCACCAGGGUUCUUGCCACUUGCUGGAAACAGUAAUGUGUGUUUAUGUUUAAUCUGUGAUAAGUGUUCAACCUUGACACCAGUAACAUAAUUUGACGAGUCUAGGCAGUAAACGGAAAGCAAACAUAAUUAAUAUGUAUUUUUGUACAAGUGUUUUCCAGUGUAAAUUAUUACUAGUAACUUAUUAAUUAAUUAUAAAUGAAA